ACAAAAGAAAACAUUCCCCAUUACACAUAUGCAGCACAUUGCCUUUGUCUACUUAUAGACCCACUAAUCUUCGCAAAGGAAUAUUAUCACUUCAUUAAUAUUCUCUUCAUAGAAAUUCUUCCAUGGAGCUAUUCUCAACCCAAUCCUUUCUUUUUUUUCUCUCUCUCCUCACCUUCCUGUACCUUUACCAUAAAGCCCACACCUCCCAUAAACCUAAACCCAAGUCCACGGGCUUCAAAACGUACCCUCUCGUGGGCUCAGUUCCUCACUCCCUCCUCAACUGCCAUCGCUUCCUAGACUGGACCACCGACAUCCUCUGCCACUGUCCUACCCACACCGCGAUCUUCCGCCGUCUCAGCAAACACCACUGCAUCAUAACCGCCAACCCGGGCAACGUCGAACACAUACUCAAAACCAACUUCCACAACUACCCAAAAGGCCAACGCUUCAUCUACCUCCUCGAAGACUUCCUCGGCCAAGGAAUCUUCAAUUCCGAUGGAAACCUCUGGAAACUCCAACGCAAAAUCGCAAGCUACGGGUUCAACACCAAGUCGCUUCGAAACUUUGCAAUUCAAAACGUCACUGUCGAGAUCCAAACGAGGCUCAUUCCCUUGCUUCAAAGAGCUUCGGAGACAGACAGCGUUCUCGACUUACAGGACGUUCUUGAACGCUUCGCAUUUGAUAGCGUUUGCAAGCUAGCAUUCAACGUCGACCCGGCAUGCCUCGCCGGAGAUAACACCGUCGGCAGCGGAUUCAUGCACGCUUUCGACGACGCCGCAAAUCUCAGCUCCGGGAGGUUCCUGUGCGUGCCUCAGUUGUUGUGGAAGCUCAAGAGGCUGCUUAACGUUGGAAGCGAAAAGAAGCUUAGGGAAUCAAUCUUCACCGUACAUGAAUUCGCUGAUGAGAUCAUACGGUCGAGAAUAGAAGCCAAGGAUCCCACAAACGAUGACGUGGACUUAUUAUCACGGUUCAUGGCCGCAGAGGAUAACUCCCUGGAGUUUCUCCGUGAUGUCGUUAUAAGCUUCAUUUUGGCUGGCCGCGAUACUACGUCGUCUGCGCUGAGCUGGUUCUUUUGGAUUCUCUCUUCAAGGCCUGACGUCAAGGAUAAGAUAAUCAAAGAAAUUGAAACUGUUCGAGCGUCGAGCGAAAAGCGCGUGAGCGAGGAGGCAGCGUUUGCGUACGAAGAGCUGAAGGAGAUGAAGUACUUGCACGCCGCGAUUUCUGAAGCAAUGAGGCUGUACCCUCCGGUUCCAGCUGACACUGUGGCGUGCUUAAACGACGACGUUUUGCCGGAUGGAACAGUGAUCAAGAAAGAUUGGUUUGUGAUGAUUCACACUUAUGCAAUGGGGAGGAUGGAGAGUAUUUGGGGUCAGGAUUGUGCGGAAUAUAAGCCCGAAAGGUGGUUUGAUUUUGAUGAGGAUGGUAAUGAAGUGUGGCGAAGUGAAAGCCCGUUCCGGUAUCCGGUAUUUCACGGUGGACCGAGGAUGUGUUUGGGGAAGGAUAUGGCUUAUAUUCAGAUGAAAUCCAUUGCGGCGUCUGUUAUGGAGAGGUUUGUAAUCGAUGCUGUGGACAAGGACACUUGUCCUGAGCAAAUUUUCUCCUUGACCUUGAGGAUGAAAAGAGGUUUGCUCGUGAGAGUGAGGCCAAACGGAAGACGGUGAACUUUGAAGUGGACUACGACGACCGACUCUAAGAACUAAGUGUAUGUUGAGCUAAUUCAAAAGAUGUUGUUUAUAAUUCUUAAAACAAAUAAAGUAAAAUAUCAUUUUUAUCCGUUAAAU